AUGGGAAACCAACAAUCAAAAAAAUCAAAACGGCAUAACAUCAAACCACCCGUUAAAGAAAUUUCUAGCAUAAGUAGUGAUGAAUAUCUAUCAAGUCCAACGGAUUCAGCAUUUCGAUACGUGGGCGGCCGAAAAUUUUAUCGAGAUAUUCCUAGUGUAUUCCCAGUUGACUUAGAUAAAAAUGAGAAAAAACAAAUCAUAGCAAGACUUGUAUGGCAAGGGAAUUUCUCUGCACCAAUCGAAGGUCAUUUAAAAGCUGGUGGAUUAAAAAUAUUGGAUGUUGGAUGUGGUCCAGGAACAUGGAUAAUCGAAAUGGCCAAAACAUAUCCAUCAUGCACAUUCACAGGUGUUGAUAUUGAUAUCACUUCAACCUUAAGAGAGCCGCCAAAUAAUGUUGAAUUCAUAGAAGCCAAUAUCCUUAACGGGAUACCAAUUAAAAGCGGUGAAUUUGAUUUUGUGGUUAUGCAUUUUUUAAAUGGUUGUUUCACGAUGCGACAAUGGGAAUCGAUGCUUAUUCAAGAAGUUGCCCGUGUUAUGAAACCUGGAGCAUGGCUUGAAUGGAUGGAGACUGAUGCGGAUCUAAAAAAUCAAGGAGAAAUUACAAAAAAAUUAUUACAAGCUCUCUUGUCGGGAGUAAAGUCGAAAG